AUGUCCAGUCCCAAUCUACAAGAAAUCCAUGAUUUUCUCAUCUCUCUGGCCUUCAAGGCCGGGGACAUCAUCAACAAUGCUCUGCCCGAUACCAGCGGACCUGGCUCGAAGAAGAAUAGCGCCGAUCUCGUCACCGAAUAUGAUCGUGCCGUGGAGAAUAUGAUCUCGACGUCGUUGAAGGAGAAAUACCCGGAUUACAAGUAUGUUUCAAUCGUAGGCAUCUUCUUCAUCUUACUCAUUCACAUGGACAUGUUCCGUCUAUCCAUCUCAUUCCUAUAUGCCCAGCUAUCAUUCCACGGCGAAGAGACCUAUGAUCCCAAGAAACCCCUCACCGACGCGCCCACCUUCAUCGUGGAUCCCAUCGAUGGCACCGUCAACUUUGUCCACAGCUUCCCCUACGCCUGCGUCUCCCUCGGCUUCGCCGUCAAUCGGAUCCCCACCGUCGGCGUGGUCUUCAACCCGUCGACCAAGACCCUCUGGUCCGCGAUUCGCGGCCAUGGAGCCUUCCGGAAUCAGAGCACUCGUCUUCCCCUCAAGACUCAGGGAAACGUCACCGCGGUCGAGCCACUGUCCGGAUUGUCGAACGCGCUGGUUGCGAUUGAAUGGGGCUCGGACCGGAGUGGGCCGAACUGGGAGACCAAGGUGAGGACGUUUGAGAAAUUGGGCAAAGCGAAAGAAGAUGGGGGCGCCAUGGUCCGGUCAUUCCGAAGCUUGGGGUCGGCGGCGCUGAACAUGUGUGCCGUGGCCGAGGGCACGAUGGAUGUAUACUGGGAGGGCGGGUGUUGGGAGUGGGACGUGUGUGCGGCGUGGGUGAUUCUGGUCGAGGCCGGAGGGAUGAUGGUGGAUGGGAACCCGGAUGGGUGGCAGACUUCGUUGAACGGAAGGAAGUAUUUGGCCAUUCGGGGUGCGCCGAGGGAGAGUCAGGAGGAGAUUGUGCGGGAGUUUUGGAGUUUUAUUCAAGGUCGGCUGGAGUAUUAG